AUGGACCGUGAUCAAAUACUCAGUGCGACCGCCAUCCGACGCUUGAUUGCUUCGGGGAAGCACAUCGUCAUUUACGAAGGAAGCAUAUUGCAGUUGGACGGAUGGCUCGACAGACAUCCCGGCGGCAAGCUUGCGAUUCAACACAUGGUUGGAAGAGACGCAACAAACGAGAUCAACGUAAUCGGCACCAUAUCUGGCCAUUGGACAAACCUGACUCCACCCAUCAGAGGUGGUAUCUACUCCUCCAGUGCGACAGAGGAUCAAGAGAUCGAUCAUCCGAACCUAGAUUCGGCCGAGACCACGGCAAACUCCAGUGAUAACUCCAGCGAUACCAGUAUUGAUGACCUCAGUGAUGCAUCAACGUUGUGCACCCGCACCACCUCCGUGGACAUCAACCAUGUCGAAGCAGAUGUCCUUCGGGAAAGAUUAACGUCCAAAGACGGGUACACAGUGCACCUACAAGUCCCCGGAGCAGAGGGACGGAAAGCCGUUUCCCCAAACUCGACCAAACCAUCGUUUUUGAUCACACCCGAGGCUUAUGUCUCCAAAGCCAUCAAAGGUGAAAUCGAAGACAGCCUAAGAGAUUAUCCCUCCUUGGAUGAUGCCACCCAGAGAGCCAUCUCAUCGGCAUAUCAAGACCUUCAUCAACAGAUCAAAGACCAAGGUUUCUACACGUGCAGAUACUCGGAAUAUGCAAAGGAGGUUACUCGAUAUCUUGUUCUCUUUGCCUUUUUCGCCACCGCACUACGCCAUGGUUGGUAUUUUACCUCUGCAGCCUUCUUAGGCUUGUUUUGGCAUCAAAUCAUGUUUACAGCACACGAUGCCGGUCAUCGAGGCAUCACUCACAAUUUCAUUGCGGACAACUUGAUUGGUCUCUUUAUAGCGGACUUCUGCUGUGGCUUGUCCAUAGGCUGGUGGAAGUCUAGUCACAAUGUGCAUCACCUGAUCACGAACCAUCCGGAGCAUGAUCCUGACAUUCAGAAUGUCCCCCUCUUCGCCACAUGUCCGUCAUUCUUCAAAUCCCUUCAUUCCACAUACUAUGAUUUCACCUUUGUCUGGGAUAAGAUCGCCGACUUUGCCGUCGCUUACCAGCAGUAUACCUAUUAUCCAGUCAUGGGUGUGGCACGUUUCAACCUCUACAUGCUAUCUAUUCACCACCUAUUCACUUCACCUCGACCAAAGAGCCGCAUAACCUCUUGGAUUCGGCCUACCGAGAUCGCAUUCAUUUUCUGCUACUGGCUUUGGUUUGGCUACGGCAUUGUAUGGCUCACACUACCCAAUUGGCCAACUCGCAUCGGGUUCGUCUUGAUUUCACACAUCAUCACAAUGCCACUACAUGUUCAAAUCACCCUUUCACACUGGGCCAUGCCAACAGCGGAUCUAGGGGAUGCCGAGUCGUUCCCACAACGCCAGCUACGCACUACCAUGGAUGUUGACUGUCCCGAAUGGCUGGAUUUUCUUCAUGGCGGGUUGCAGUAUCAGGCCGUUCAUCACCUUUUCCCACAGAUUCCACGACACAAUUUACGUAACGUUCAGAGACUGGUGCGGAAGUUCUGCGAAGAGACUGGGAUCAAGUACUCGAUAUACAACUUUACAGAUGGAAAUAAGAAGGUCCUCGGUCGGCUAGCCGACGUGACAGACCAGAUGAACAUGAUGCUACAGUGCCAAAAAUAUAUGGCAGAGACCAGAAUCAGCGGACUACAUUGA